ACGUUAUUGGCUGCCAUGUCACAGAUGUCAUCACAGCUAUCAUCGCAGAUGCAAGUACAGGAAACACGCAUGUCACAGAUGCCAUCACAGCUGUCAUCUCAGAUGCAAACACGGCUUGAAGCACAAAGGUCGCAGUCGUCAGAUGUUUCAUCGCAGAUACAAGCGCUGGAGACACUGUAUAUAAUCAGCGGUAUCAGAGCAGAUGUCAUCACAACUGGAAGCACAGGAUGUAAAGAUUGCACAAAUAAAGGAAAAAAUCGAAGAGAGACAGGGCAAAGUCGAGCCUAAGAUGGGCGAGUUGGAAGGUCGACUCCGAGACUUGCAGUUGAAUCGUCCAGCCGCUUCGACGAACGCUCCCAAGGUAAAAACUCCAUCCUUUGACGGCACGAUGCCUUUCCAGGUCUUUAAGCUCCAGUUUGAGAAGACAGCUACAGCAAAUCACUGGAACAUGGAGGAUAAAUCCGCUGCUCUGUUCGUUGCAUUGAAAGGACCUGCAGCGGAAAUCUUGCAGACUAUUCCUAAUUGCGAAAGGAAACGUUACGGCGCGUUAAACGCAGUGGAAAGACGUUAUGGUAGCGAGCACAGGAAACAGAUUUACCAGAUGGAGUUGGAGAACCGCUGCCAAAAACCCAAUGAGACUCUACAAGAAUUCGUCUCAGAGAUCGAGAAGUUGGCUCACUCGGCUAUUGGAGUGGCAUCUGGUGAGCACCUCGAAAGGGUAAAAAUCCAGAAGUUCAUUAACGGAAUGCGGGGCGUGUAUACCAAGCGAGAAACAUACGCGAAUCCAAAGCCAACAUUUGCUGAAACGGUUUCGUAUGCUCAGACACGUGAAACGGCGGCGCUCCUUAAUAGAUCAGCGUACAAAGCACAUCGCGUGGAAGUGGAAACACCGGACGAAACAAAUGAAAUACUAAAGAAGAUUAUCCAACUGCUAGGCAGAAAAAGCAUGGCUCUGGCAAAUGUUUUAAAUGUGGAAAGCCAGGCCACUUCGCCCGCGAUUGCUGCGGAAGUUCCAGUGGGCUCAACAAUUCAGCAGAACGCAAACGCAGGGCUGAAGGAGACGAAUCCAACUCCAGUCAGUCAUUAAACUAAAACGAGCCAGCAGCAAGUAGCACACGCUGGCUCCCGCAAU